GGAGUGUGCGGAGAGCGAGCUGACGGUCGCUCGCCAGCCCGCAGCGCCCGGGACUAUGCUGCUCCCGAACAUCCUCAUCACCGGCACACCAGGAGUUGGAAAGACCACACUAGGCAAAGAACUCGCAUCCAGAUCAGGACUGAAGUACAUUAAUGUGGGUGAUGUAGCUCGAGAAGGGGCAUUGUAUAAUGGCUAUGAUGAAGAGUAUGACUGUCCCAUUUUAGAUGAAGAAAAAGUUGUUGAUGAGUUAGAGAACCAGGUGACAGAAGGCGGAGUUAUUGUUGACUACCAUGGUUGUGAUUUCUUUCCUGAACGGUGGUUUCAUGCAGUUUUUGUGCUGAGAACAGAUAAUAGUAUAUUGUACAAAAGACUUGAAACAAGGGGUUAUAACGAGAAGAAACUAGGAGACAAUAUCGAGUGCGAGAUUUUUCAAGUCCUCUAUGAAGAGGCCAUGUUGUCAUACAAGGAGGACGUUGUGCACCAGCUGCCCAGCAAUACGCCUGAGGAGCUAGAGGAGAACAUAAACCAGAUCUUGGGAUGGAUUGAGCAGUGGGUCAAAGAUCACAACCCGUGACCAGGCUCUUAGCCCCGCCUCUCUGCCCACUUCAGAGACGACACCCCCAGGCAUCUGUAAAAGCCAAACUGUGUUGAAAGCCCAGGAGGCAUUUUUAUGCCUGGGUUUCCUUUUCUCCGUGAGAAAGUUAGGUAAUCACAGAUAUAACAAAUAUAACUAUUAUAAAGCAUUGAAAUUCUUAUCAGUUACUGAACAAUAAAUAUGAUCAAAUGGGUA